UUGGCGGCUGGAGCACUGCCCCAGGCGUGGCUGGGCUGCCCCGUUGGUCCCCAUGCAAGAAUCUGCACGCUUUCUUCCUCGCUUCCUUCCUCCCGUUCCUCCCUCACCAGCCUACCUGGGGGCAGGUAAUAAAGCAGGCGCAGGGAGACGGAUGGGGAGGGCGGGGAACCACGUGGGGCCAUAAAGCCCAGCGGCAGAGGGCCGGUCCCGGGAGUGUCCAGCCUGCAGGAGCCGCGGCGCGCAGAGGCUGGCCCGUGGGCCUGGCGAGCCAGAGCUGGAGCCGGAGCCAAGAGCAGCCGGGCCCGGGAGAAGGCCAUGCUCCGAGGUGCGCCAGGACUAGGCCUCAGGGGCCUGAAGGGAGCUGAGGGCUCUGUGGAGGGCUCUUACCCAGAGACCGGCAGGAAUUUUGGGGUGCUGAGGGAGAACGGCGCCCCACGCAGCCUGGGUGACGCAGAGGAGGCGACGGGCCGAAAGCGCGCACGACCGGCGCGGUCCAAGGCGCGGCGCAUGGCGGCCAACGUGCGAGAGCGCAAGCGCAUCCUGGACUACAACGAGGCCUUCAACGCUCUGCGCCGCGCGCUGCGCCACGACCUGGGCGGCAAGAGGCUCUCCAAGAUCGCCACGCUGCGCAGGGCCAUCCACCGCAUCGCCGCGCUCUCGCUAGUGCUGCGCGCCAGCCCCGCACCCCGCUGGCCCUGCGGCCACCGGGAGUGCCACGGCCAGGCCGCUCGCGCCGCCGGGAGCGCAGGGGACGCGGGUGCAAGCCCUCCGCGGCCCGUGUCGCCGCCCGCAGGGCUCGGCCUGACUCGCUGGGACGCCGUCGGCACCUUCGUGCCGCCCGCACCGCGCUGCGCCUCGUGCAUCCCGCACGCGCAGCUGGGACGGCCCCGCACCGUGGUCCAGGCGCCCGGCCUGGCCCAGGCUUCCGGGGGAGGCUGGCGCCGGUGCCCGGGGGCUCCCUCUACCGGGUCGCUUCCCUGGCCGCGAGACCACCUGCCAGCGGGCCCAGGGCUGGGCUACCAGCCCUCUUGACCCUGGCGGAGCGCGCCCGCGGGCCUGCAGGGAGGCCAGGCGGCCCCAUGCCAGCGACAGAGGAGGCGAGCACACCGCCCUGGACAGAGCCCAUCAGAAUGGGCUGGGACCCGAGAGGGAAGGACUCUGGGAUCCGGGGCCGCUCGGGGGGAAGGCAGCAGGACCUUGCUCAGCUCUUCUGCCUGGACUUGCUGGACUCCUCCUGCGCGGAGGCCUUUGCGAUCCUGGGCGGUCAUCCCUGUUUUCUCUGGCGGCUGUUAGGAGAGCCAGGGCUGUUGGACUGAGGACUGCUGGGUGGGAGUGUGGGUGGGCGCCCGGCGCGGUUUGAUGGCAGCCUGUGGGGUCCUCGCGCCCCCUGCCUGUGCCGCUCCCCCGGGGUCUGA